CACCGGAAGACACCGAGGACCAUGAUUUAUUUCAGACUCCUCCGGGGCGACGCAGCAAACCUCCCCGGACAGCAGGCUCACCAUCCCGGCUUCAUCAGGCACCGCGCCCCGCUAUAGAGGAUGGAGGAUCCGGAGGGAUGAAACCCAGAGCCGGUUCUGGUUCAGGUGGUGAAGAGGAAGAAGAAAGGAAAACUUGAAGCAACAGAGAGGAUAAAGGAGGAGUGUAAAGGGGCGUUUACUGGAGAGAGUCUGGAUCUCCAGACGCAUAAUUGCCUCUGACAGCACCAGCACCAGGACCAGAAUCAGGACCAGGACCAGGACCAGGACCAGGACCAGGACCAGAACCAGAAUCAGAAUCAGAAUCGUGUUUAUUGACAGGUGUAAGAGCCAAAAUUUGCUUUGGUUUUGUUGGUGCAAGUUAAACAGUAUAAUAACAAAAGAAUAGAUUAAAACGUUAGAAUAAAAAUAAGAAUAACAAAAAAAAAAAAAAAAAUAUACCAAUAUCGAUCUGAUCGGACCAGAUGGAGGCCGGUGAUGGUCCAGGUCUUUGUUCCCAGCUGGACUCAUCAGAGAUCAGCCUGGAGAACUGCUACGAGCUGCUGCAGAGAGCGAAGAGCCGCGGCUCUGAGCUGCAGAGCCUGAAGGAGCGCGUCCUCCGCUUCAUGAGCGACCACUACCUCACGGUGCUGCGGAGCAACGCGCUGUUCGGCCGGCUCACCGCGGCGGAGAGGGAGCUCAUCCUGGCCCGGAGGAUGGAGGGGACCGAGGUGCUGGCGGUGGCCGAGAGCAGCGAGUGUGGGAGCUUGGAGAGUAGCCGGCCGCAGAGCCCACAACCAGAGGAUCAGAACCACCAGAACCACCAGAACCAGCGGCGGGUUCUGUGCCUGCACCCGGAGAGCCGGCAGUGGGAGGUGCUGACCAGCCUCCCGGAGGAGGUCCCGGCUAAAGGCUCCGGGAUGUGCACCAUGUAUAACUACUUGUUCGUGGCUGGAGGCAUCAGCCGCUCCAAAGCGUCGGACCGGGUCUACUGCUACAACCCGCUGACCGGCCUCUGGAGCCAGAUCCGCCCGCUGAGCCAGCCCCGCUGCCAGCUCAAACUGGUCCACAUGGACGGACACCUGUACGCCAUCGGAGGAGAGUGUCUGUUCACGGUGGAGCGCUACGACCCGCGGAAGGACCGGUGGAGCCUCGUGGCGCCGCUGCCCAAAGGCUCCUUCGCCGUUGCUCACGAGGCGACGUCGUGCGGCGGAGAGCUGUUCGUGUCCGGCGGAUCGCUCUUCUACCGGCUGCUGCGGUACGACUCCCGCCGGGACGAGUGGGAGGAGUGUCCGUUCAACGAGAGCCGGAGACGCUCCACGGACAUGGUGGCGCACCGCAGUCUGGUGUACCGGUUCGACGUGGACCGCGGGGUCAACGCAGCGGGGUCGGUGAACGUGUUCAAGUACAACACAGUGGUGAAGGUCUGGCUCGGCGGCGAGGCCUUCCCGCUGCUCAACCCGCUGCCGUUCCGGUGCGCGGUGCUCGGGGACCGGAUCUACUGCGUCAACCGGAGCCAGACGCUGCAGUUCGAGGUGCGGGAGGACCGGGAGGGCUUCCUACCGGAGGUGCUGCCCCCCCCCGCAGAGACCAGAGGAGCCCUGGUGCCCUUCGUCCUCUCUCUGAAACGGGACAACUGAUCUGACCCGGGAUAAACCCUCUUCAGACCCGGACUGAGACUAAAAACAACAGCUGUGCCUUUUUUCUUUAACUUCCAUGUUUCACUUGUUGCUGCAUGAAAAUGAGCUGAAACAACAACAAGUGGCUGGUUUGAAUGUUUAUAAUAAUAAUAAUAUUUAAGGAUCAUUUUUCAGGCCUCAUAUCGAUACAAUACAAUACCAUACCAUAUCAUACCAUACGGUACCAUAUUAUACGAUACGAUACGAUAUACUAUCCAUACGAUACCAUAAGAUAUACGAUCCAUACGAUACGAUAUGAUACGAUACCAUACGAUACCAUACGAUACGAUACCAUACGAUACCAUACGAUACCAUACGAUAUGAUACGAUACAGCAGUUAAACUUUUAUGUGUUAUAUGGAUAAUGAAAUAACAUAAUUUAUAUCCAGAUAAAGACUUAAUUUACUACUUCUGUCUCAUUAAAGUCACAAAAAACAACUAAAAUCUGAAGAUUUAGAGACAAUAAUAUGAAAUAAAAUUUUAAAUAGAAUAAAAACAUUCAAAAGAUUAUCAUUCACCUGCUGAUGAAGGUCAUGUGCUAUGGUCGAAAGCUCCAGAACAGCUACAGAAUGGACCUUGAGUUGAGAAUGGAAGCAGUAGAACAACAGCUGUGCCUUUUUUCUUUAACUUCCUUGUUUCACUUGUUGCUGCAUGAAAAUGAGCUGAAACAACAAGUGGCUAUAUUAUAUUAUAUUAUUUUAUAUCAUAUUAUUUCAUAUCUUAUAAUAUUAUUUUAUAUUAUAUUAUUUUAUUUUAUAUUAUAUUAUAUUAUAUUAUUUUAUAUUAUAUAUUAGGACUGGGCAAUAUAUCGAUAUUACACCAGUAUCGUGAUAUAAGACUAGAUAUGUCAUAGAUUUUGGAUAUCGUUAUUUCAUAAUAUAUCAUAAGUGUUGUCUUUUCCUGGUUUUAAAGGCUGAAUUACAGUAAAGUGAUGUCAUUGUCUGUUCAAGCUGUUCUAUUAUUUCCCUUUUAUCCACA